CAGUUCAGUAGAACAAUGCAUUUGACGAUAAACCUAAAGUGUCGGAAAUUUGAAAUCUGGGCUUUUUCACUGUCCUCACUUUUUCUCGUCUGCUAUAUUCUGAAAUUCACUUUAGCACUCAUCAUACUAAACAAGGAAAUCGAAACAUCGCGAGGCAUGCUUUAUCCACGUGAGUCGGAGACGCGGGAAGUGCGUACGCUCGAUGGCAUCUGGAACUUUGUGCGCUCGGACGAGACGAAUCCGACACAGGGCAUACGCGACGGCUGGUUCAAGGAUGACCUGAGCAAGAGCAUGCCCACCAUUCCCAUGCCAGUGCCGGCCUCGUACAACGACAUCACCACGGAGCAGACGCUGCGCGAUCAUGUGGGCACCGUUUGGUAUGAUCGCAAAUUUUUUGUGCCACGCUCCUGGGGACAGGAUCAACGGGUUUGGCUGCGCUUCGGCAGUGUGCACUACGAGGCCUAUGUGUGGAUCAAUGGACGCUCGGCUGUUAAGCAUGAGAUGGGGCACUUGCCCUUCGAGACGGAGGUCACGCACUUGCUCAAGUAUGGCGCAGAGAAUCGCAUUACCGUUAUGUGCGACAAUGCAUUGAUCCAGACGACGGUGCCGCAGGGCAAAAUCUCGGAGGUGGCCAACGACGAAGGCGUCACUAUCAUACAGAGCUAUACAUUUGAUUUCUUCAAUUACGCGGGCAUCCAUCGAUCCGUGCAUCUGUAUACGACGCCUAAAACGUUCAUUGAGGAGGUGGAGGUCAAAACGAAUCUGUCACAGAAUAAUAGCGUGGGCACCGUGGAUUACAGCAUCACAGUGAAUGGUACAGCGGCCAACGAGGCGGAGAAUACGCUCCUCGCACGGCUGCAGAUCUACAAUCGAGAGGGCGUGCAAGUUGCCAAUGUGACGUCGGACAGCAAGCUGGUGGGCUCGUUGCAAGUGGAUAAUGUGAAGCCCUGGUGGCCAUAUCUUAUGCAUUCGGAUCCAGGCUAUCUAUACGAGCUGGAGAUUCGACUGUAUGCAGCCAAGGAGCAGCUGUUGGAUGUCUAUCGUCUGAAAGUGGGCAUCCGUACGCUAAGCUGGACGAAUACGACGUUUCUGAUCAAUGGCAAGCCGAUCUAUUUCCGUGGUUUUGGGCGGCACGAGGAUGCGGAUGUGCGUGGCAGGGGUCUGGAUAAUGCGUUGAUGGCGCGUGACUUCAAUCUGCUUAAGUGGAUUGGCGCCAAUGCCUAUCGCACCUCACAUUAUCCUUACUCGGAGGAGUCCAUGCAGUUCGCCGAUCAGCAUGGCAUCAUGAUUAUCGACGAAUGCCCCAGCGUCGAUACAGAGAACUUCAAUCAAGUCCUGCUGGACCGGCAUAAGUCCUCGCUGGAGCAGCUGGUGCAUCGCGAUCGCAAUCAUCCCAGCGUCGUGAUGUGGUCCAUUGCCAAUGAGCCGCGCACAGGUCAAGUGAAUGCCGACACAUAUUUUCAAUUUGUGGCCAACUACACACGCUCCUUGGAUAGUACGAGACCCAUAACGGCUGCCAUUGCAGUGCCCUCGAAUGACGACAAAGCGGGCCGCCAUUUAGACAUAAUUAGCUUUAAUCGCUACAACGCGUGGUACAGCAACACGGGUCGCUUGGAUAUGGUCACACAGCGUGUGAUAAGUGAAGCAACCGGAUGGAAUAAGAAGUAUGACAAGCCGGUUCUUAUGUCGGAAUAUGGAGCCGACACGCUGGAAGGUCUCCAUCUGCAACCGGCCUUUGUUUGGUCCGAGGAAUUCCAAACUGAAGUAUUUUCACGGCACUUCAAAGCCUUUGAUGCUUUGCGGCGUCAAAAAUGGUUUAUUGGCGAGUUCGUGUGGAACUUUGCCGACUUUAAGACGGCGCAAACUUACACGCGGGUCGGUGGCAAUAAGAAAGGCGUCUUUACGCGCGCACGGCAGCCAAAGGCGGCCGCUCACCUGCUGCGCCAGCGAUACUUUGCUCUGGGGCGUGAGGUGGAUCAGUGUAAUGUGCCAAAUGAUUUGUUCACCUACAUUGCUGAUGUGGGCGGGUCCAAUGUGAAGCAUGAUUCCGCAGAUUUAUGAGUACAUCAUCGACGACUGUAAGACACUUAAGCUGACAAGACAACAAGACAGUACAAUAUUUUAUAUACAUUCACGUCUACAUCUAAGUCCAUGCGAAAACCAAGUAUUUUAGCUAUUUAUACUGUUUUUGUA